AAUACCACAGUUUUGCGGUGAUAACUAUGACAUAUAACAGCUGAUUCGUGACGUCACGGAUCUUAUAACCAAACUGAUAACUACACUCGCUUGAAUGGAUUGGUAAAUACCAACCCAAAAUGGUAAAUACCAUUUCCAUUUGGUUAUCCGCUUGAAUUUGAUUUUUUAUUCUUUAUACUUGUCAAAUUAGGUGCGAGUCAAACUUGUCACAUGUCAGUAAAAGAAAACAUAACCUCAUCCUACAAACGUACAAUAAAAUAUUUAAAAAAAUACAAAACUUCCUGUGAUUAAUGUUUAGGAUUAUAGAAAUAAGUGUGUAUAUGUUGUCUGCGAAUAAAUAGUUGAUAAUGUCAUCAGUUGGAAACGUAAACAGAAUCUUUCGCAUCCAAAAAUGUCCGUACUCUGUAAAAUGUCUUGUAAAACCAGACGAAAAUGUACUAAACAGCAUAAAUAACGGCGUGAUAAAGCCCCGAAGACAUCCAGGCAGAGUGUUACCGAACUCGGUUUUAACGCCAGAAUCAUUCGUCAAAGCAUCAGUUAUCGCUUUGCGAGAUUAUCCUGUUAAAGCCUUGGUUGAAUCUAGUCAAUCAAUGAAUAGACACUUGAGAUAUAGAGUGGCACCAACAGAGAAUGAUGAUUAUAAAGAAAUAGCUCAGCAGUUGCAAAAUCGUGUUAUAGCAAAGCACAGUGAUUAUGAAAUAAAGUCUGAACAAGAUGAGAUAAGGUUCAGACAGAUGGUCAAGGAUAAGACUAAGGACUUACUGCGGGCGAAGGUUUACAACUGGAAGCCCAUGAACUAUGAUGCACAUAACUCUCUUGUCUAUCUUUUAGAUAACGUAAAAACAAGGAAAUUAGUUUUUCUUCUAAUAAUGCAUUUGUUUAUGGAGCAAUGAAGUAUGAAUUCGUUUUCUACAGGUAUUUAGGCAGAUCUGCAGCAGAAUAUGCAGUAUUGGUGAAAAUAUUAGGAGAAAUACAAGCUAGAGAUCCAGAAUUUAAACCCAACAGUCUGUUUGACUUUGGUUCAGGCACUGGUACAGCCUCUUGGGCUGCAAAUACUUACUGGAAAAACUCUAUCUUUGAAUACUACAAUGUAGAUACAUCGCGAGAUAUGAACGAUUUGGCCCAACUGCUGCUACAAGGUGGGACAUCCACUGGAGUUAUGCCCAAGGGAGUUUUCUUUAGACAGUUCUUACCUGCCAGUAACACAACCUAUGACCUAGUUGUUUCUGCAUAUACAAUGUUUGAAAUGCCUUCUGCACAUGAUAGGCUAUCAAAUGUUUUGAAUUUGUGGAAUAAGACUGAAAAGUACCUGGUUAUUGUCGAACAAGGUACAAAUGCGGGGUUUAAAAUUAUAAAUGAGCUCAGAGAUUUCAUUCUACAAAUACAAAAAGAAAAGAGCAAAGGUCAUGUUUUUAGUCCAUGUCCUCAUGAUAACAUCUGUCCUAGGUUUGUGUUAGAUGAUGGAACACCCUGUAACUUUGAAGUCAAAUACUUCACCCUUCCGAUUGGAGCCUCAUCUCAACAAAAAAGAGAACUUUAUUCUUAUGUGGUUUUGAAGAAAGGUAAAAGAAAUGAAGAAGAGCCAAAAUGGCCAAGGCUAGUGAGACCAACUUUGGUGCGAUCAAAACACACCAUUUGUAGAAUGUGCAGUCCGAAUGGGCAAUUGAGGGAAGUUAUUUUUACAGCUUCCAAACAUACUAAGCCAGUUUAUCAUUGUGCAAGAUCAACUAAAUGGGGUGAUAGGUUACCCAUGGAAAUUGAAGAUUGUAUGGAAGGGCCAAAUUUAGAUGUUGAAGAUGAAAAUAAUAGUAAUGAAAAAAUGUGAAUAUAUUGUUUUUAAAUAUUGCGUUGUAUUUUAUAUAUUCGAAAUAAGUGCUUAAGAGGUUGCAUCUCGUAAGUUAUUUUUAUCUUCUAUCCUUUUCCCGCUCUCUGACAGCGUGUAGGUGUGAAGUCAUUGGAAAUUCCCUCUCGUUUUGUUUUCAAAUGGCUCAGUGUGUAGAUUAUAGAUGGCGCUUUAAACUGAGACUGUAUAGAUACAUGACGGUCUUUGGUGAUUGGUCAAAUAAGCAAUUUGAAUUUUCAAAAAAUUAAAAUUUCAAACUUA